GUCAUUUUUCUGGCACGAGACGCUCCGAUACAGAAGGUGGCGUUAUGCGCCUUUGACUUAGACUUGAAGCGUAGAAGAAGAAAUUGCAUUGUCACUUCCUCAAUAGCUAACAACAUGGAUGCACCAGCUGAUGUUAGCGAGGAAAAUAUGUUUUCUGGCGAAAUCACUGCAGUUAACAUACAAGAGCGACUCCAGAAACGGCACCAGGCCAGGAUAGAGGAUGUCGAGCGGAGGAGGGAAGUUAAAGAGAGCCAGUCUGUCGCUGAGGAAAAGGGCGAGUAUUUCUCCAGCACUUUCAACAGAGAACGGGUGUGUAUCGAGGAGUUACUAUCCAGCUGCUCCGGAGCUGAUCAAGCUGUGGUGAUUCAGAGGCUGGAGGAGGCCACGGCCAAAAACGUGCAGCUGCAGAAGUUUCUUAAUGACAGCAUGUUGUUUCUAACGCAGUAUGAGCUAAGACAAGCCCAGGCUGCCCUCCAGAAACUCCAAACCUCCCUUGCUGAGACCAGAGAGGAGGCUCUGCCCAAGAAAAAGUUUGCCUUUCGAGCUCGCACUAAGGCAGUAGAUCAAGUGUCCACACCAGUGUCAGACACAGCUGCACCUGACGAUGGCACUCCUGCAAAGUCUGGUAAAGUGGAUAGAGCUGAAGCCCCUGCGCAAUGCGGCUUUUCCAACAUGGACAAUAAGUUCCUGACCAAAGGGUCCGAGGAGAUCCAGAAGCAAGACGUGCUAUUGACUCACCUGACCAACUGUAAGGUCCGGUUGUUUGGUUCCCCCAGCACACUGCACCUGAAGCAGAUUGACAGCUGUGAGAUCCUGUGCGGGCCAGUGUCUAGUUCAGUGUUUGUUGAUCAUUGCAGAAACAGUACACUGGCCGUUCCUUGCCAACAGCUGCGGACCCACAACACCACAGACACACAGGUGUAUCUGCACGUUACCAGCCGAGCCAUCAUAGAGGACUGUUGUGGAGUGAGUUUUGCCCCCUUCUCCUGGUCAUAUCCUAAUCUGGAGGAGGACUUCACUGUGUCUGGCUUAGAUCGGGACAGAAACAACUGGAGCCAGGUGGAUGACUUCAACUGGCUCGCUGCAGGAACACCUUCUCCCAACUGGACUGUCAUUCCAGAAGCAGACAGGAAAACCAACUGGGACCCUAGAAUUACACUUUAGAAUAAUUUAUUUGCCAGUUAACACCUCAAUCAAACCACUAAAUGGAAUGUUUUCAGCCUGAAUACAUGUUGUAUAAUCUUGUCCAUGAUUCAUGAAGAUGAACAAAAUAAAUAAAAAUGCUAACGCUC